AUGUUCUUAUUCACACAUCUCUCUCUCUCUCUCUCUCCAUCUUUUUCACUUUCAUUCAUUUUCUUACCAUCUUUCUCUCUCAAAUUUUCUCAAAGGUUCUUAAUUGAUUAUUAUUAUUAUUCUUCCCUCCCUCAUAGCCUCAGUCCUGAUUCUUUGCAUUUUAUCUAUUUCAGUCUCUCUAUCUCUCUCUCUCUCUCUAUCUAUCUCUCUAUAUCUCUCUCUCUCUCUCAGUCUAUCUCUCUAUCUUAUCAUAUGAUAAUAUAUUUUUUUAUUAUCUUUUCUUUCUUUUUUUUUUCAUUUUCCUUUUUCUUUCAUUUUCCUUUCUUUUUUUUGUUUUUUUUUCUUCAAUACUGCAUUUUUUUUUUCUCUUUUCUUUUUCUUGCAGACAGACAGAAAAUUAUUCAGUAUAGCAUGAUAUAUAUUCUGACUUUCAUUUUUUAUCUUUCUUUUUCCUUUUUUCUUUCUCUCACCACCAUUGCUCCCAUUAACCCUGGCAGCAUCCCCAGUGUUGUAAACCCUGUCUCAAAUGCCAAUGCCAACCGCACUUCAAUUGGCGGAGGAAUCAGCCCAGCCAGCUUUAGUUCACAGAAUGUAAUCACUGGUGGUACCAGCCAUUAUCCUGUCAGUAACCAGUUUAUGAUUGGAGAUUAUGUCAUGCCAGGCAAUGUGGUCACUCCUGCCAACAACUAUAGAAAGUCUGAAGCUACAAUGGUCACCCCUUGUCAUUUACUUAUUAUUAUUAAUUUUUUUAAAUAUUCCUCUCUCUCUCUUUCUCUUCUUCUCUUCUCUUUUUCCCCCAUCCCUCUUUCCCCCCUUCUUUCUCACACUCUUUCUCUCUUUCACUCAGUCACUCACUCAUAUAUAUGUUUUUCUGAUUCUUUGUGA